AUGAAAUUCACCCAUGAAUCCAAUACAAAGCUGCCUCCAGUUGUGCUAGAAGUAGACUCCAAGCCUGUGUUUUAUAUUGGCCCUGCAACCAGAGACAAUCCAAUGUCGCAAAUACGGACGAAAUUACUAGGAAAUGUCUAUUUCAAUGAUUCAAAGAUAAAAUGGACUCGAAUUACACUUCAUUUCACUGGAAAAGCCGGACUAAACAUACAUGCGCCUUCCUCAUCGCUGCCGUCUGAUGUCGUCAACUCUCAGUCUGAUUUGCAAGAAUCGAGUUCAGCAACGACCCAUUUAGAAACUACUGUCACCUUGUGCGAUGUUGAAAAAGAGCUGAUCUUUACUCAUGAAAAGGUCAUUGACUUUGGUUUCUAUCUGCCUCCAUAUCUGCCUCCCAGUAUAAGAACCAAGCAUGCCUUUGUUGAGUACAGUCUAUCAGUCAUUUGCUCUUCUUCAGGAGCCUUUUCAAAGAAACAAAAGGUCGAAAAACCAGUGACCGUCUGUAGACACUAUUUGCCUAGCCCCAGCUCUCUCAUCCCAAGCGUAGAGUAUCAUGGUGUUCGAGAGUGGUUUGAAUGGUCUGCUGAGGUGCCAAAAGCAACAGCCAUAGAAGCAGGCGAGAUUGUGAUGGCUCUCAGAUGGAGUGUGGAGAAGGAACUAGUGGAAGUAGAUCGAAUUGAAUUUUGUAUUGAGGAAUUAGAGACUUACCGGUUCAGUACAAAAGCAGGUGUCCAUAAUCUGCCUCCCAUGGUAACACAAUUUCCUAGCACUGCUUAUCAUCCGCCUACAUUCUCCAACAGCUCAGAAACACAUUUUAUUCGUACACCUAUACCGCUGGUUCCUACAAAAAGAGCGCAAAAAACUAUUAGAACACAUCAUUUCGAUCCAUUUUUGGAGAUAUCACAUCGAGUCAAACUUCAAAUACACUUCAUCGCUUCGACAGCUACUGCACAGCCGCUAGAACUCGAGUUUCCCAUCAUCAUUACUGAUUUUCCACCCAACACAACAGCUGAUUAUUUUGUAGACCCCCUUUCCCCAGUGCAAUCCGUCUCUACUAUUUCUGAUAGUAGCAUGAUCUCGUUACCGCCCACAUCCGCAUCAGCCCCACCAACCACAAUCCAGCCUGGUGGGGAUGAAGUGCCCUGCGUCGAUUUAGAUUUGCCAGAAUACACGCCUCGCUAUGAGAGUGUAGCAACAACAAGCUCAACAGUGCCUCCAUAA